AUGCAAGCAUGUACCAUAUUUCCCGGGAUGCUCGUUGCUUUUUUCGAGACCGGCCCGUUUAUUCGGGUCGUGGUUGCGGGUCUCGGGUCGGGUUUGGAGCUCCAUAUGAUGGCGGUUACGGGUUUGGCUCUCGUGGCAUCGGUUAAUGAAGGGAUAUACGGGUUUGAUGCUAUCCGGGUCGGGUCGGGUUUGAUGGAGGGAAAACGGGUAUGCGGGUGGGUUUUGUCCGGGUUGUUUGUUUUGUUUUCGGGUUUUAUACGUGGCACGAUGGAGGUGGAGAUGGCGAUGGACAGUUGGGAUUUCGAGAGAGUUAUUGAAUCGACAGUUGUGGUUAAAUUGUUGUGGGAUAAUGUGGUUUUGAUUUUUUUGUAUGCUUUGGUGGUUCAAUGGAGUUUUGUGGUUACCACUGUUUUUUAUUUUGAUCUUAAGAAAAGAGAUUCCGUUAAAAGUGAAAGAGAUAGUGAAAUUAGUUUAGGUUGA